GUAUGUGCGCGUGCACGUGUGUGUGUGUGUGUGUGUGUGUGCUAUAAUUAAUUCAAUGCUGUUCUAUUUGGUGUUUCCCCCCCACCCCCUCCUUUUUGUUCACUAAAAAUACAGGCAUCAGAAGCACUGCGUUUCAGUAAAGUUACAGUUUAAGGCGUUCAAGAACAGCUGUAACAAUCUGAACGCGAGAACUUGGCACAGCUAUAUAAGACGGCUUUCCUUAAUCCUUCUCCUUCAACCCAUUGAUUGCCGCGUCAAGCCAGCAUCACCAUGAACAGUAUUAUUGCCGUUUUAGCCGCUCUCUUCGCCUGGUAAAUAUUGACACCGUUUUCAGCUUUACUAUAUUAAUCACCAAUCACAUGGCCUAGUUGCCGUGAUCCCAGUGUCACCACUCUUAACUUAAUAUAAAUAUAUAAAAAUGUAUUAUAAACCCUUUAUCGACCUGUCCAUUUACACGGUACGUCUUUCUUGCAGCGCGCUAGCACAGCCAGGGGGUAACAAUCCAGUUGCUCAGCUGUUCGCCACCUAUGCAGGAGCAGAUAACCAGUUCCAACAGGCAGAGUUCAACAGAUUCUGGCUCCAUUUUGAUACCGACAGUAAUUUUUUUUUUCUUCAGUUUUUAUUUCCUAUUCCAUUUCCAAUUCAUUAAGUUUACCAAUACAGUCGACGUUGUAGCAUUGUUCCUGUUGUUGUUCUGUCCGCGUGUACCGGGGAGGUGUUGUGGGAGGUAACGUAUUGAUAAGGCGUACAGUUUGCGAUACAUUCGUUUUUCCUCCUUGUUUGGUUCCUUGGUCACGUGGUUUUCACUGGCUGCUUGCUGACCCUAAAGCAGCGGGAGUUUGAAAUCAGUGUCUCCUUCUGUAAAUUAACAGUUCAUAGAUGUUGCAUAAGAUUUCAAAAGUUUUAAAGGAUUGUGCGUGCUGAGAAUAAAGAAGGCGUCUUUCGGACUGUAAACGGAAUGUAUUAAAUUUUGACCCAUUUCUUUAUGUCAUCUCUUAAUUUAAAAAUCGUAAAAAAAUUGUAGUUUCAAUUAAGCAAAAUUUCUUCCCAAGACCUGUAUUUACUGCUUAGAUCAUAGAAAAAAUAAACUCUAUGUUAAACUAUUAAUGUGAUGCAUGUUGGUUGUUUCUAGAUGACGGUCAAAUCCACAAACUGGAGUUCGACAGUGUCUGGAGACACGAGAGCUUGCCCAACCCACAAAACGCUCCACUUUUCUUUUUGGAGCUGGAUAGAGUAAAGGAUGAAGUCAUCAAUAACCUCGACUUUCCUCACAUCUUCCGCAUGUUCGAUGAGAACGGUGAGUCUUUUUCACACCCCAACCGCCGAUCCACCUUGACGUCCCGCCAUGACAUCACUUUACAACCCCACUAGGACAUCCCUUUACAACCCCACCAUGACAUCACUUUACAACGCCACCAGGAAAUCACUUGACAACCCCACCAGGACAUCCCUUUACAACUCCACCAUGAUAUAACUUUACAACGCCCACCAUGACAUCCCUUUACAACCCCCACCAUGACAUCCCUUUACAACCCAACCAUGACAUCCCUUUCCAACCCCACCAGGACAUCCCUUUACAACCCCACCAUGACCCAUUUAACUGACGUACGUCCAUUGCAACCAACAGUUUGUGAACUUUAAAUGAUAUUUAAUGUUUGAUUUAGAAAAUUUGACAAUGAAAAGGUGAAUCCACGUUGCAUGUGAUCAGGUAAGCGGUUGUCAGCAGGGCUACACUGUGAUACUUUUUGUGAACUGAAAAGACAGCAUCAAAAACAUUUCAGAGUAGAUGUUUCCUGGUCUAAUUCACUUUCAUCGAAUGGCCAAUAGAUGUCAACGGGAGCAGAAAGUGCGUACAUUUAUUAUCAAAUUCUACAAUAAUCAUCCUGAAAUUCAGAUGACCAGAGAUUAUACACUUCAUCAUUUUCUUUGAAUACACAUAAGGAAUGAAAACACUGGUUCAGUUAUUCAAGUGUUUGCUUUGCUACCCCAUGGGUAACAGACGAGCAAUAGUCAAAACAGUACAUCUAGCAUUUUAAAAAAAUAAAAAUAAAAAUACCACAAUUGUGAUACAAUAUGAGUAGACACGUAAAAUACUUGCAAUUAAUUCCAUGCUGGAAUUGAUGAGAUAAUGCAUGCUGUUUUCAAAUAAGUCUUUUUCAAUAUUCCAGCACGAGCGCAAUUUCAUAUUUCCUUCAUUUUCUCCCCCCAGGUGACGGCAGCAUCACAGUGAUGGAGCUUUUGUACAACGGCAACGCGUACUUCAAUGAGUC